CUCGUAGUCGUAGUCUCGUAGCUAGCUCCCGGCUCCCCCCCACACACGGCCACUGGCGCCUACAAGUUGCGCAUGUGGUGGUGGUCCGUGCUGCUGCUGCUGGCCUGCUAGCUAGCUGCUACCAGCCGACGACGACGGCCGCGCGCGUUUGGUGUGUGUGUGUGUUAUAAGCGCGAGGGUUUCUGGCGAGGUUGCUAAAGCGUUAGCAAACUAGUUAGCGGUCACCGGGCGCCCAUGGAGCUUGACGAGGAGACGACGUUCUUGGACGAGCUCAUGUCGCUGCGGCGGGAGGCGGCGGCGGCGGCGUCCGCGCAGUGGCAAGCAGCUGCCGCCUACACGGGCGGCGGCGGACAAGGCAUGAUGAUGGGCGACCUCCUCUUCUACGGCGGGACGACGGAGGCCGCCGCGACUGCCACCAGCGGCGGCGGCAUGGACCAGCUCUCGCCGUUCCACCAGCAGGAGCCGCUGCAGGUGCAGGCGCCCCCGCACCCUCACUCGCACGAGGAGUUCAACUUCGACUGCCUCAGCGAGGUUUGCAACCCGUACAGGGGCGGCGGCGUCGCCGUAAUAACGGGGGCCGAGGCCGCCGCGGUGCCCGGAAGGGCGCUCGCCGCUCUCCACGACGCCAUGGUGGAGGACGAGACGAGCGGUCACCUGCAGGGGCAGCAAUAUGGAGCCGGCGGCUCCCCGACGUUCGUGUUCGGCGGUGCCGCCGGCGAGAGCUCCGAGCAGACGCCCGUCGUCGUCAGGGGUGCCGCCGGCGGCCCCCACCACAGGAGCAAGGUCCACGGCGGCGGCGCGCCGUCCAAGAAUCUCAUGGCCGAGAGGCGGCGGCGGAAGCGCCUCAACGACCGUCUCUCCAUGCUCCGCUCUAUUGUUCCCAAGAUCAGCAAGAUGGACAGGACAUCCAUUCUCGGUGACACCAUUGACUACGUGAAGGAGCUGACGGAGCGGAUCAAAGUCCUGGAAGAGGAGAUCGGCGCCUCUGCGGAGGACCUGGACCUCCUCAACACCUUGAAAGCUUCUUCGUCCAGCGGCAGCAACGAGAUGAUGGUGAGGAACUCCACAAAGUUCGACGUCGAGAGGCGGGGCAACGGGAGCACGAGGAUCGAGAUCUGCUGCGCCACAAACCCCGAGGUGCUGCUGUCCACGGUAAGCGCGCUGGAGGUGCUGGGCCUGGAGAUCGAGCAGUGCGUGGUGAGCUGCUUCAGCGACUUUGGCAUGCAGGCCUCUUGCUCACAAGAGGAGGAGGACGGUAAUAAUAAGAGGCAAGUUCUAAGCACCGACGAGAUAAAACAGGCCUUGUUUCGGAGUGCUGGCUACGGAGGGAGGUGCCUCUAAUAUAGCUAGCUUAGCUACCAUGCAAGCAGCUCCGAUCCAAACCCAGGCCAUCGAUCCCGGCAAAUACUGUAUAAAGCUAGCUAGUAAGUUGCAUGCAUCUAUGAUUGUUAUUGCUGUGUGUUUGAUGCUUUAGUUUUCAUCAAUAUAUAUAUCCCGUACGUUAAUUGGUUUUCUCCAUGAGUUCAUAGCGCUAAUAAGUGUGCGUAGUAGUAGUAGCAGCAAGAGGUAUGUAUGUAUAUAUAUCUGAAUCCCAGCACCAAAUUGAAGAUUUGUUGCUCAGGUAUUGUAAGUUGAUCAUUUCUUACGGUCUGUAUCAUUGGGUCAUGGUAUGUAUGCGGAUUGAUAUAUUCCAAUAAUAAGCAGAUUGUUCCUUUC